GGAGAGCACCGGAGCCAAGGAGAGAGGCAGAAAGAGACAUCACACACAGCAGAGAUAGAGGCAGGCGCACGGAGCAACUGUUGCUUUCAACUUUUCACUCGUCCUCUUCUGCUCUCCUUGCACAGCUUGGACACACACUCUCUCUCACACGCACACACACUCUCUCUCUCUCACACGCACAAACACACACACACACACGCUCUCUCUCUCUCUUUCAAACGCACAAACUCACACACACGCAAGCACACUUCAACCACGGAGCGAGCGUCCAGCGCAGGGCUGAGAGGACAGUCUGUAAAGAGAGGCAGAAAGGAAUAGACACUCUGCUGUUUAAUCCUCAGGGAGGGGGAGAAGAAGGAUUAACAUUUUCUUCUCCGGCACUCUUUUUUUCCCUCCUUCUCUCCAUUUUCGUUGAGUCACUGGGGACCUUUAGGAUAUCUUCUCCCUCCUCCUCCUCCUCCUGUCUUCCACUCUGCUCCCCCAGCAUGGCAAGGGGACACCGAAGCCGCCAGGCCGCGGGCCUGCCCUGCUCCCUCCUUCCCCUCCUCCUCCUCCUCCUCCUCUCCCCCACCUGCUCCUCGGCGGCGGACGAGUACGACUACUACAGCUGGCAGUCGGACAACUUCCACAACGGCCGCUUCUACACCAAGCAGCCGCAGUGCGUGGACAUCCCGGCCGACGUGCGCCUGUGCCACAACGUGGGCUACAAGAAGAUGCGUCUGCCCAACCUGCUGGACCACGAGACCAUGCCCGAGGUGAAGCAGCAGGCCGGGAGCUGGGUGCCCCUCCUGGCCAAGCGGUGCCACGGAGACACGCAGGUGUUCCUGUGCUCGCUGUUCGCUCCCGUGUGUCUGGACCGGCCCAUCUACCCGUGCCGCUCGCUGUGCGAGGCGGUGAGGGACAGCUGCGCUCCUGUCAUGGAGACCUACGGCUUCCCCUGGCCAGAGAUGCUGACCUGCGACAAGUUCCCCAUCGACAACGACCUGUGCAUCCCCAUGCAGUUCUCAGGGAACCCGGCCACGCCACCUACAG